AGGCUCAAGCGUGUCAUUUUGGUCAGAGCCUCAACGGUUAAGCAAUGACAUAUUGUUGAGGAUCCGCAUGCCUAUUGACGUGCCUGAUUCUCGCUGGAGCGUUGACGCCCGUAUCGGCGGGGGGGGUCUGCAAAGAAUUCCCCGCAGGAACUGUGCGAUCGAGAAACCAGCAGGGCGACGCCUGGCGAUAGCCAGGCCGCCCGCCAGAUCGCGUACCUGAGUUGCAUGACCUUUCCUUCUGUGCUGCACAAUGCAUUGGGUGUUCUGGAAUCGUUCCGGUUCAUUUAUCGAAGGUUGCCCUGCGCUGAAUAUGACAAUCCUUCAUCCUUGCUUGUAAUGCUCAUGGCGCCAUACUGCAUAUGCCGGAACGCCGCUGGGCGCACAAUUGUUGGUUACGAGCAGCGGAGCGGCGUGUCCUUAUCACUGGAGCGAUACACGUGCAUCAUCAAUCAGAAAAAUCUGCGAACUGGUCUAUGCAUGGGAGAUGUGAUACACUUGCUGCGAUUGCACCCUGUGUGCAAAUGGAUUGGGGGCGAUUUUUUUUUUCGACAGGGCAAGAGCGUGGUGGCGGCACCGUUGUGAGAAACUGAGCAACAUCACAGACGUAACCCGCCGGGUGCAGGUGAAGAGAGGGGUUUUGCUCGCGACGCUAUCGUUCCUUUCGGUGCGGAGCGUCCGCUUGCUGGCGUUCCUCGAAGAGCACCUGGACACCCUCCUGGACUCGGCAGCCGCUCUCCCACAAAUCAUCGACAGGGUCGUUUUGCGGGGCCCGGCGGCCGUUGGCUUGAAGAACAAUACAGUCAGCGCCUAUGAUUUGGCUACGGCCGAGCAGCGGCGCUGGACUUUCGGAAAAAUCCAGGACCACAUCUUAACGCCAGCCUGGAGAUGCUGGGACAAGAUGGACAGACUGCUCCGCGCCGCAUGCGUGGCGGAGUUUGCUGACGUAUUGAAGACUAUUUCGCUUCUGAAGGGGCCUCUGCUCUUCUCGCACACACUCGAAUAUCUUCUGCUUUUCGUUCGAGAGGCUCAAUGCCGCGUGUUUUCCUUCAGCAUCGAGACCGCGGAAUCCUUAGCGCAAUUUAUCAUGCCUGGCCAGAAUGCUCAGGUUUUCCUGUCGUACGCGCGCGCGGCGAGGUACCGCGGCAACGUAUAUGAGGGCAUCACGAUGGACAGCCUGGCCGCGAAGGUGUGCGACUACCUACCUCUCCGAGCAGACUUCGCGAGAUCCGAGAGCUACAGUUUCCCGCACUUCACUGCCGUGGACGAGCAGCAGACAUCAUGCAAACUCGUGGAGGUUUCCCAGGCGCUCGUAUCGGGGGAGACGGGCGGGAAGGAACGGGUCCCCACGGCGCACGGCGCGAAGGCGCGGCCGAUGCUCAUCGCUCCUGAGGCCAGACCAAUCAAGCGCCAGCGCGGCAAGGAGAGCAUGUCGGAGCACCCGGAUCACGAGGACUGAGACAAAAACAUUACUACCCAUCACAAUAGUCAACCAGCCUCAGCACCAACCGCUAUCAUUAACGUAGCCUCAUCAUCAACCAGUUCCAACCAGCUUCAUCAGCAUAGUGGCAGAAUAUGGGCCGCCGCGCGCGCGGCGGCUCGGGGGCCCUCAAGAACCGCCGCCCUUCAAGGGACCGCCAGAGAUUGCGCGAAAGAGUUAGUGAACCACCGCAAGCAAAGUUAAUCUUUGGGCACGCGCGUGUAAUCCUGUUCUCCCGCUUGAAGCCCCAUUGGGGUUGACUGCGCAAGACCUGC